UCAAUUUCUUAAUUUACUAUGUUCAACUAUGUUCGAACUCUAUGUAUUUCUCUAUCUGUAGAGUACAUUGAAUGUACAAAAAUGACUAUUAUAAAAUUUCUCAUAUUCAUAUUAACAGCUACUCUAGGGAAAAUAUUUUUAUAUAGUGCUGAUGAUUUAAUAUUAACUAUUUUUGUAGCCUCGAAAUUUUACAGUUUAUGCUCCUAUCUAUUAUGAGGAUAUAUGUACUAAGAAAAAUGUACAGUCUAAUAACAUUACUAUGAAAAACUAAAGAUACGUUAAGAUUUUAUUUUUUUAUGGGAAUACGAGCAAGGAAGAACAAAAUUAAUCAUUAGAAAGAAAACGAAAAGAAUAAAGAAAGUUAAAAAAUAUUAAAUGAAAUAAAUGCUGAAAAGAUAUUAUCCUUUUUUCAUCUUGAGAGUGUAAAUAAUUGAGGGGGGGAUCUUUAUGUAUUUAAUUUAUAUGGUAAACUUAGUAUCGUUGUCAGUGUAAGAAAUUUUUAUAUUGCUAUGUCAUUUUACAUGUUAUAGUAGGUAACUUAUCUUAGUUUAAAAUUUCAAAUCUCACAUUAAGGAGACUUACCUAUCAUAUAUCAUUUAAAGUGACUUGAUAGUAUAAAUAAUUUUUUACAUUUACAAUAUACCUAUUUAAAGAUUUUUUUAAGGCUCUUGAUGUACCUAACUCACUAUAUCACCAACCAGUAGUUGCAUUCAAACUAUGCUUAAAUUACAAGACAUUUAUUUCCUCCUAUUUUACACUAUGCUUAAUCUUAAUUCUACUCCCACCAAUAUGACAACCCAACCCCCACAGAAUCGUAAGAUCUUUUUCCUUUUUCCUCUUGCAUUAAUCUCGCUUUUUCUUCUUGGAACUCUUAGAUUUUUACUUGAUAACUUGAAAAAUAACCAAUUCCAAUUUCUAUGGCAAAAUAAGUUUCUUAGAGUAGCAAUAAAUGUUUCUGAGAAUGAAAUAAUUGAAGAAAGUUGCAAUGUAUUUGAAGGAAAAUGGGUUUGGGACAAUGUAACAUAUCCACUUUAUAAAGAAGAGACAUGUCGUUAUUUAGUUAAACAAGUUACUUGUCAAAGAAAUGGAAGACCUGAUUCUUUUUAUCAGAAUUGGAGAUGGCAGCCUCAUGGUUGUAACUUGCCAAGGUUCAAUGCUUUGAAGAUGUUGGAGAUGUUGAGAGACAAAAGGAUCAUGUUUAUUGGAGAUUCUAUACAGAGAGGCAUGUUUGAGUCAAUGGUUUGUCUUGUUCAAUCAGUAAUUGCAGAUGGUGGUGAUCAUACUAUCAAAAGAGUUCCUCCUAGAAAGAUUUUCAGAAUUGAGGAAUUUAACACGUCGAUUGAAUAUUACUGGGCUCCUUUCAUGGUUGAAUCUAUAUCAGAUCAUGCAACUAAUCAUACUGUAAUGAAGCGACUAGUUAAGCUUGACUCUGUAGAAAACCAUCGCAAACUUUGGCAAGGAGUUGAUAUUUUGGUUUUUGAAAGUUAUGUGUGGUGGAUGCAUAAACCUUUCAUUAAUGCAACAUAUGGAUCUCCUGAAAACGUUCGAGAAUAUAAUGUAACAACAGCAUAUAAAUUGGCGUUGGAAACCUGGGGAAGUUGGAUAGAGUCGAGUAUUAAUCCUCAAAAGCAAAAGGUCUUUUUCGCGACAAUGUCCCCAACACAUUUAUGGAACUGGGAAUGGGAAGGUGGAAUUGAUGGGAACUGCUUUAACGAGACGCAACCAGUGGAAGGACCCUACUGGGGAACAGGUUCAAAUCUUGAAAUCAUGUCGAUCUUGAAAGAUGUAAUUGAAAAACUGAAAGUUAAUGUGCGUUUGCUGAAUAUUACUCAGUUGUCUGAGUACAGAAAAGAUGGUCACACUUCAGUGUAUGGUGAACGGAGAGGUAAACUGUUGACUAAAGAAGAAAGAUCAGAGCCAAAGACUUACGCUGAUUGUAUUCACUGGUGCUUACCAGGAGUACCUGAUACAUGGAAUCAGUUGUUAUAUGCAAUUUUGCUACAAGAUUACCGUAAUCAUUGAUAGAAAAUUUGGCUUAGUUGUUCUGUUUUAGGACAGCUAGUUUUUUUCUUACAAUUUAUGUACCUUUUAGUGUAAAGGUUUUUCGAAACAAUAAUGCAACAAUUUGAGUAGUACUCUAAUGAAACUUGGAAGUAUUAAAAAGUAAGUGCAUUCUGGGCAUGAAUUCAACUACUAAUUAGAAAAUAAUUGAAGUCAUUCAACAUUAGUUCUAUUAACAUGUGUUUGAAAAUAAGUAGAACAAUAAUGAGAUCAAAACUAUAAUUUACCAAUAUCUUAGUACAUCAAAGUUUUCAUAUAAGCAUAAGGAGGUUAGAUUUGGUCCCUCUUUAACUACUAUAUCAUUUGAUCUACAAUUAUGGAGAACAACAUGUCUUCAUGAACUUGUCCAAUGAUCAAAUGCAAUAAAUUUUGAUUUAUCUGUCUUUCUUCCAGUUUUGGUGCAUACUAGAUUAG